CCAAGAGCAUUGCCCUGCUAACUUACCUUCAUUCUAUGCCUAGGUGAUCUGCCAUGGAAGGUAGUCUCUGAGUUUGACACCGUCGUCCACGAAGCGCGUGUUCCCGCUAACAGUAUCGUGAUUCGAGAAUAUUACGAGGGGUCACGUGAGCUGGUGGGAGGACAUUAUGAGCAGUCUCCUUAUGACAGUACGAGGGCAUUAGGGAACAACUUUAGCGUGCCUAACGUCUGUAACAUACGACACUAGCGGGUCGUGUCGGUUGCAAGAUCGUCAGCGCGUUUCUUUCUUCCCUCCAUGUUUCCAUCGAAUCAUUUGCGAACAAAUACUGAUCCCUAAUUUCAGCACUCAUCAUCUGAAAGUUAUCCUCUUAGCCAGUUUUUUUAAGCCUAACUUUUGAUCAGGAAAUGGCUAACCUGCAACCGCCAGGUAGGAAGAUGAGACUUCAGCAGGACCCUCACAUGAUGAGUAACGGUUACCACGCCGAUGGACACCCACACAGGCAAGCUACCCCCAACACGAUCCACGCAAACUCCCGCUUGACUCCAAUCGACGGCUGGGAUGGCCGGCAGGCUUCGGAUCAAAAUCAAAUCUCACAUAGUCAAGCUCAAACUCUGCAUCAGGGAACGCACGAGGGACCCCCUCAGGGCCAACGGGGGUCCAUGCACGUGGAUCCACACACCAGCCUGGCGGCUCAGCGCGUGCUAGCGGCGCACAAGGCCAAGCACCUGCACGUGGUGGUCGAUUCCCCAUCGGGCGUCCCUCCGCAUGGGGGGAACCCUGCGGGGGCUAUCGGAACAGGAGAGGGUCCGGAGUUCCGCGAGCAGGCGCACCAGGCGCAGCCGCAGCAGCAGCAGCAGGUUCCUCCGCUGCAGGGACAAUCGGCUGCGGCCGAGGGGUCUAGCGUUCCGCAGCCGCUACUGUCAAAGUCGGGCCGGCCUGUUGUGCGGUGCCAGUGGUGCUCCCAGAUGCUCGCCGUCCCCCCAAAGCUAGAGCCGAGAGACGGGAUCCAGAAGCUGCGUUGCGGCAAGUGCCUCAAGAUCUCCAAGUUCACCGUCUUCCUCCCUCCCGCCGGCGGCGUCCCCGUGCUCAUGCCCCUCUCCUCCUCCGGCCCUCUCCCUGGUCCCCCUUCCAUUGCUGCGUCACGUGGCGGGGCCCAGAGUCAGCAACCCCAGCCUGUGCAGCCGCUGCCGCAGCAGCAAGGGCAGCCGGUGCAAGGGGUAGCACCGAUGCAGGCAUAUCAGCAACAGCAGCAGUUCCCAGUGGCACAGCCCAUGCAGCCACAGCAGGUGCGGCAGCAGCCUUCCUCCCAGCUCAUGCAGCAGCAGCAGGCAGCGUUGCAGGGUUAUGGGCAAGGUGCGCAGGGGUUGGUACAGCAGAUGGGCGGAUUGAACAUGGGUGAGACGUUUAAUCAGCAGCAGUACCCAAUGGUCGCUCAAAUGCCACAAGGGAUGGGACAGCAGGGCAUGGGACAGCAGGGCAUGGGGCAGCAGAGCAUGGGGCAGCAGGGUAUGGGGCAGUCAUAUCAGCCGCAGGUUCAUGCAGCUCCACACAUGCACCAUCCACAACAGCAGCAGGCGCCGUCACAGUUCCAGCAGCAGAUGGUAGGGGGAGGGCAGCAGCAGAUGGUAGGGGGAGGGCAGCAGCAGAUGGUUGGGGGAGGGCAGCAGCAGAUGGUCGGGGGAGGGCAGCAGUAUGCCAACUUUGCACAGGCAGGCAUGGCCGGGCCUGGAGGAUUCAUGCCGCCUCAGCAGCAGCACCAGCAGCAGCAACAGCAGCAGCAGCAGAUGCACUUUCAGCAAAUGCCAAAUCAGCCGAUGCAGCAGGUGAUGCAGCAGCCGAUGAGUCAGCCCACACCCCCCCACGCCGCUCAAAGUCCCGUCCAACCAUCAGGCUUCGCAGCUAGCCCGUUAUCUCAAAACCUUUCACCCUCCAUGCCCAUGUACCAGCCAAACGCAGGCCCUCCCCAGCAACAGCAGCAGCAGCCAGGUCACCCGUACCAGCAGAGCCCCAUGCAUAUGCGCACUCACAUGGGCAAAAUGGCAUAUGGAAUGCAAGCACCCAGACCUCCUCUACCUGGGGGGAGCAUAGGGGGGCACUUUGAGAGCGAGGAGGGCCUGCCAAGGCAAGGGUCUGGGAAGCGGUUCCCCAAGCAGCCGCCACAGCCUCCCAUGGACCCACAAGCCGCCACCAGGCGCUACCUCACAGGCCCAGGGAAGACUCUAGCGGCUUCCAUAGGAUUCAGAAGCGCGUCACUGAACGAGCACCAGAUGCAGCAGCAGCAGGGGGCGGGGGCGGGGGUGCCUGCGGAAAUGCCCUUUAGGCGCACUGCGACUGAGUACAGUGCGCCGCCCGGGAGGGGGGAUGCAAUGACGGUGGCGCCGAGGAGCUCAACACUGGGCGGCGAAGGGCAGUACCGGCGGAAGGUGUAUGUGAACGGGCAGCCUGUGCCGGACAAGCUGGUGUUCCUGGCUGAGAGGCGCAUUGGGACGAUUGAGCCAGGCAGCUACUGGUACGACUGCCGAGCUGGCUUCUGGGGCCCUGUGGGAGGGCCGGCAUACGGAGUCACCCCGGCUUUUAUGAGGGAGUUUGGCAUGCAGCCGAUGCAGAGCGACUGCUCUGGAGGCAAGACGAAGGUGUUUGUGAAUGGCAGAGAGCUGCAUAAGAAGGACCUCGCUACUCUGCAGAAGCGGGGCUUUCCGGACACCCCUGGUGUUCGGUACACUCUGGAUGCUGAUGGCACAGUAUGCAAUGAGGCUGGCAGACACCUCUUUGCCAUGGGGAAACUGAUGGUGGACAAGAAGAAGGGUAUGUACAUGGUAAAACCGUGAAGAUUCCGAGCUUGUAAUGGACCUGGAUGGUGGGAUAGCAGGAUUAUUUGGCAAUUUUUGACCUAACUUCCAGUAAUGCUUCAGGUGUCAUGCUAGGUGAUAGUGCGGAUGUCCAAUGGCCACAUGAGUUCAUAGUCAGCACUCAUGACAUUCUCUCACUUGAUAAACUAUGACCUAACAUCUUUUCAGGCAUGAAAUGUAAUUACUCGUGCUGAACCUGUUUCUUGUGCCAAAAU